UCCAAAAUCUGAUACACUUCGUGGGACCAACUAGGUGCAAAAUAACAGCGGCACUGGCCGGGGGAAAGUCUUUCUUCUGAGAAGAACGAACGCCUUUUUAAAGACAAAAUACACAACCAGUCAGUGCUUCACUCUUCCCCUCCCUGCUAUAUUUACAGAUGUGUUCUACCUCACUUGAACGGCCCGUGUAGUUUCUUUUGAAAAUUUUGUUUUUCAUCUCGUUUUGUUUACAAACUGACUGCAAAAAUACUUGACACACACAGGAAGAGAGAGAGAGAGACAGAAAGAGAGAAGGCAGGUCGUCUUUGCAUGUAAACCCAAGUGAACGACCACAUGACAGCACUUUGCGUUGUGGUCUCUGUUCAGCUGAACAUUGCCUGAGCAAUCAUUGUGCACUGUUUGCUCACCAGCCUCUUCUCUUCCCCUAAGAGAUUGGUUGUCUGCCUGUGCAUUUAAAUUGCAGGCCAGCUUCACAGUCAGACCACCAUGUUCCACCGACUCACCAGCCUUUUCUAUGGGGAAACAGAAGAAGUCUGCACCCAGGGUCCUGAUCCCAGCUUGACUGAAAAGGAGGAUGAUGGCUGGCUCAUUGUUGACUUUCCAGAUGAUUGCACUCCCCCCUCAAGUGAAGAAGUGGAAGUGAAGGCAAAUGUUGCCGAGUCUAGCUCUUUCCUUUCUGAUGCAUCCCCUCUAUCAGCCUCCUCUUCUCUUGAGAGUCUCUGUCGCUGUGGAAGUGGCUCCAGUCCUCCACAGUCUUUACCCUGCACUUUGGAAGAGAGUUGGUUUGUCACCCCUCCCCCCUGUUUUACUGCAGAAGGCCAGGAUGACAUCCAAGUGGAGAGCAGCCCUCUGGAGAACCUGCUCAUUGAGCACCCAAGCAUGUCCGUCUACGCUGCCAGCAACACCCACAUCACUCUGGAGGAAGAUACCAGCGAGGAAAUCAAUGAUGGAAACGUCCCCCAGCACAGGGUGGAAAGAUGGGCUGCUCCCGCUGCUGCAGCAGUUGCAGGUCGAGCUGGCGGCCUUCUGGAGAAGGUGAGUCAGGUCCGUCGGAUCCAGCGAGCCAAGCAGCGGGCGGAGAGGCGCCAGCUGAGCCGUAACCGCAUUCAGAGGCAGAACCUGGCCAAGGAGUGCCGCUUCCAACGGACCAAGCACCGUGGCAGCUUUGUCUACCAGCCGUGUCGCCGCCAGUACAACUACUAAACCAUGCAGGACACAGCGAGGAAGUGAAACCACCGUCAACAGCAGAGGAAGGAGGGGGACAGAUAGCCAACAAAUAGCAAUGGGUUUGGACACGCUGUGCAACUCGCCGCACAGGUUUUGAACUUAAGCUGGCUUUUAAGCGUAGCUUUUCAAAAUAAAAGUCGUUCCAUUCUGCGACUGGGACACAUCAUCUGGGACCUUUUUUAUCAUCUUUUCCCCUCCUUUCCUGUGUCUUCAUUUUAAGUGAAUUUGUUUAGGAUUGUUUUAGAUGCAUUGGGUCCUUUCUAUUUAAGCCUCAGUUAUACUUAUUUGUUGGGUCGUUGCAGUGCUUGCUUUUAAUAAUUGAAUGGUAUGGUGGGGGAGUGUGCAAACCAAAGGAAGCAAUGAAACUGCUGGCAUGUUAACCUGUUAACUCUUUGCAUCAGUCCAUUUUAUGAGGAUGUGAUUGCACUGGCCUAGCUUGGACAGUUGGACAGGUCUGAGUCUUAAGAAUAUUUCUCAAAACCACAGAAUUUUCAGUCCUAUUCAACACCCCACUUGGUAUUAAAUAGAUUUAUUUUUCUAAUCCACUGGUUCAGACAUGUUAAUACACAUUGCUGCAACAGAUGGGACUUGUUUCUGGGCCUCCUGGUUCAGAUGUAAGGACACUACCACGGUGCUACAAGAGCCCUCAAGAUUAAACCGAUGCUGUAGUCCUUGCCUGGCAACUUACACCAGUGUUGAAAGGACUGUUUGAGAGAUCAUCUAACCAGGUAGUAUCAGCUUUCUUGCCAGAUCAGGAAAUUAUUUUUUUUAAAAAGUGGUGGGUGUGUGAAAUGCGCUGCCAGCAGUGGUAGUGGAGUCAGAUACUUUAGAGCCGCUUAAAAGUCUCUUGGAUACGCGCACACAGGAUAGUAAAAUGUAGGGUAUGCAGGAUAGUUUGAUCUUAGGAUAAUAGGUCGGCACAACAUUUGUGGACCGAAGGGCCUGUACCGUGCUACGUUCUUAAAUACCUGCUGAAUUCAUGGUCCUUCAGGCUAUAAUGAUGACAGUGCAGUUAAGUUUACUUUUGUUCUACUGUUUACUAUUGGCACUGGCAUUUAGUGCCAAGUACUCUAAUCUUGUUUACACCGGUCACCAUGGUCCUGUUGGCCUCCUUUUGCACAUUUCACUGCCCAGGGAUGUCUUGGCCUUGUUGACAAAUCUGGCUUGAGUCACAGUUGGGAGUUUGGCUGAAGCAAUGACACUGGGGUCAAGGUGACCUUGGGGUAAGACUCUCUGACUUUGUUUCAGCCAUGUAGCAUUUUCAUCAGAAGGGUUUUAAUUUGAUGGAGGUUAGUCUGGAUUAGGUGAAUUUGCCAGAUUUUUGGGAAGGGGGAGGGGGAAGAGAGAUAUAGCAAGUGCCAAUAUAAUUUGUGAAACUGCAUUUGAUGCUUCCUUUUCAGUCUUCCUGCUUAAUCUAAAUGGUUGCAGACUUUUGUCAAAGUUGUGAUCAAGAAUAAGUGGUGGAGGGGACACAGAGAUUUAGCACUUCUUAAAAUCAGUUCCUUUUUAAUCAACAUCUAGAAUAGCUUAUUUCUUCUGCAUAAAUCUGGGAGGCACUUACAUAUUUAUCCAGGGACCCAGGUUUAAUUCCAGCCUCGGGCGACUGUCUAUCUGGAGUUUGCACAUUCUCCCCGUGUCUGCGUGGGUUUCCUCCCAGGUGCUCUGCUUUCUUCCCACAGUCCACGGACGUGCAGGCUCGGUGGAUUGGCCAUGCUAAAUUGUCCGUAGUGUUCAGGGGUGUGUGGGUUAUCGGGGUAUGGGCCCAGAUCUGGGUGGGAUGUUUUAAGGGGCGUUGUGGACUUGUUGGGCCAAAGGGCCUGUUUCCACACUGUAGGGAAUCUAUUCUAAUCUAAUCUGAUUUCCUGUGUCAAUGUAAUACAUUGAUUUUUUUUUUGUUACUGGACUAGCAGUGAGUUCAAAUCCAACCAUGGCCCUACAAGAUUUUAAAUCACCCCCCCCACUUUUUUUAUCUUAAAAAUAAAAACUUGCAAAUGAAAGACUGAUAUGUGUAAAAUGAACUUAAAAUUGUCAGUGUGUGUAUUAGAAACCCAGCUAGUUCACUUAAUGUCCUUUCUUAGGAAGGAACUCUCUGCUAUUUUAACUAGUCAGGCCUGUAUGGGAGAUAUUUUAUUUCAAAAUGAAAUUGAUUGUACAGUUAAGGAAAAUAGACUUGCAGAGCUACAGGAAGUUCUGGGGCAAAGGGGUACAUGAGAGGGGGUGCCUGACUGACCAGUAAUGACUCAAUAUGACCCUGAUUUCUCAAAUGCCAUCUAAUUUGGGUCAACAAGUCAGGUGGUUGUUUCUAAUAGAAUUCCAAUUCAAAACCUUCAGUGCUUCCAAGGUGGUCCAUUACCACCACUUCAAUCUACUAAGGGAAGGGAUGGACACUAAAUACAGUCUUGCCAGUAACAUACAAAUCCCAAAAGGUUUUUCCAAAAAUUGUACUUGUACUGGAAAGUUAUGAGCUUUUUACUUGAGAAUGUACUUUCCUCCUUUAUAAAAAUACAGAUUUUCAGUAGGACUAGUUUUGAUUCACUGAUUUUCUCUCUCUCCAGGUUGAAAGUACAUAUUCAAAUUGAUUUCCAACUUGUGCAUCUUUAAAUGGGAGAAAAUGGAUUUAUGAGUUCUUGUCCUCCAUUCCUCAUCUUUGAGUGCAUUUCAUCUUCCAUCUCAUGUUGCCUCUCUAAAACUGAGGGUCAAAUGACCUUUUUAAUCCAAAAAUCAGUUAAUUCACUUUUACACUUGAAGAGUGAACAGUUAACUUGUCCUCAUUUUUAUACUUUUCAAUCUGUUGAAAAGUUUGAUCAGUUGUGACUUGGAGCUCUCCAUGUGGGAAACUGCCUGGACCUGACUAGUAAUACCUGCACUGCAACAGUGGAUUAUACAGCACCAGCAUAUUUCACCACUGUGCUAUUUGCAAACAUGUAUUUUAACUUUUUUUUCAUUGAACAUAUCUCUUACAAUGGAUUUAUUUCCAGUCUUACUCACUGGAAGAUGUAACCCACCCAUUUGCAGAACAGAUUUCAAACAGAGGUUAGUCAAAGAAAGAACGUACUGAAAUAAGAAUUACUUUUAACUCUAUAUUUGAUGCAACUCUGUUACAUAGAUUUUACACAGUGAUCUGUAUUAACUUAAAAUAUGGUACUGAUUUCUCUUUAUUCUAUCAAGGGAUGUGUGUGUCACUGUCAAGGCUGACAUUUUUGUCCAUCCUUAAUUGCCCAUGAACUAAGUGACUUGCUAGAACGUUUCAGAGUCUACUACAUUGUAGGUUUGGAUUCAGGCCAAUCUGCUUAAGGAUGGCAAACUUCCCUCUCUAAAAGACAUUUGUGAAAUGGGUCAUGAUAUUGAUUACUAAGACAAGCUUUUACUUCCACAUUUAUUAAUCAAAUUCCUUAAGCUGCUGAUAGAAUUUGAACCUGUGUCCCCAUAGCAUUAGCUCAGGACUCUUAGAUUACUAGUCUCAAUGUUACUACUACAGCAACAUCUUACUGAUCUUGUACUGUGACGUUUUGCCUCUUUUUAGGGUGCUGAUCAAAUUGCUGUACAUUUUCAGCAAUUGGUUUCUUUUGUGAACAACUGUAUUUCCCCGUCCCAACUUCUUUGAAAUCACAAGCUUUCGAAGUGAAGCUCCUUUGUCAGAUCACCAUUUGACCUGUGACAUUCUCCACUCCAGUCCAACACUGGCAUCUUUGCAUCACAAUUUUCUUGACCAGCCUUUGGUCCUGUUUUUAAUCACACUACCAUGUAGCUACUCUACAACUCCACCUUUGAUUCAGUUUGAACUUUCUAUCAGUACUAAUCACAGAAUUGUAAUGGUGCAGAAGUUAGUUGUUCAAUCCAUCAUUGUCUCUCUGAGCAAUUAAUGAUGCACUUCACAAUUCCUGUCCACCGUGUUAACAAAUAAUUAGAGUGGAGAAGAGGGAGAAAGAGUGCACAGAAAAAUCUAAUUGCCAAUUGGGAAAAAUACUUGUCACUAAUUAAUGUAAUUUGUAUUUGUAAGAUACUCUGAUAAAUGUACACACUGCACUGUACCUGCACUAGUGUAACUGGGGCUUUCAACAGCAAUUUGUAUCUACUGACUAACUUGUACUGGAUGCCUUGCGUAAAAGGUCCUGACACUACAGUCUAACUUCUGGAUCAACAAAGUGUGGUGCUGACUGACAAAAAUAACUAUUUUGUAACUGAAAACAUGUAGGUUUGUGGACAGUAUUAUAUCAGUUAAAUAUAAUAGAAUAUUUUGAAGUAUAUGCUGUGCUAUUGAGACCAGUAUUCUGAAAUAGAAUUGCUUGUCAGUGACUGAAAUGAGAGUGUUCUGCUGAUGUAUGUUUUUUGUUGAUCUAUUUAAGGAUAU